GGACGAGAGAAUCAAACAAGAGAGGGCAGUCUUGUGGCUAUCCUAAACACAGGAGGAGUGAAAGGAAAUGUGGAAUUUUUCUCGGAGCCCAUCAAAACUGGUGUCACCGUCCGCAUUCAACUCAAACGUGGAAAUUAUAACGGAUUAUUUCGCUGGAAGAUUUACGAGUUUCCAAUAUUCUCCAGUUCAUCAGAAGACUGUAAACUGGAUAAUCUUGGAAGAGUAAUCGCUGACAUGACCUCAGUUCACGGGCUUUUAUCUUCUGGCCUUGAUGGACUGGUUGUUUCCAGUAAUCUCAGUUUGUCGGGUCCAAAUGGACUAAUGGGUCGGACUUUAGUGCUGAAGGACAAGGACAAUGGAAGAGUCGUCUGUGCACCGAUCCAACCCACUACCCGGGUUUUAACUUUCCAGGCUCUGUUGCAUACUCCAGUUGCAGGUGAGGUGGCUUUCCGACAGAGCGAACAGGAUACGGGCCUUUUCUCCAGAUUGUAUUAUGUUGACAACACCAGACGAGACACGCUUCACAAGUGGACAGUGGUUCCUGGAGGAGAAUCCGACACACUACAGGACUUUUACGAUAAUGAGAUAAGUCGCUGUGCCAAUCUUAAAACACGAGCUUCUUUGAUUGAAGGAUCCCAUCUUUUGAGUGUGGGAAAGGAACCCACUGAUGUACACUCAAUUUCUUAUUUCCUUCUUCAGAACCUGUUGCUUCUACAUACCCAACAUCGUGGUUUAUAUUUCGUUCUGUAUUCUGCUGAAGACGUAUCAAAGAUAAUAGCGUGUGCUCCACUUUCUCUCGUUGAGCCGAAGGUAGCGAAAGCAGAGUUCCAAGAAGAUGGUCUAGGGGAGGUUGUUUUCCAACAAGACUCUCCUUAUGAUCCUACCAUACUAACAGUGAAUCUUAAAAACCUUCAACAGAGGGCGUAUAGCUACGGGAUCAACAACUUACCAAUGGUCGUGCGCUGGGAUAACGCCCACAUACAGUGCAGGGAUAUCAAGGGUGACAUCUACAAUCCGUUCCGUCUAGAUCCAGAAGAAGUUCCAGAACCAGGCAAAGGGACCGUGGAUCAAUACGCGGUAGGGGAUCUGAGUGGUAAGCACGGAACUUUACACAACAGGAAGGAGAUAUUACUACACGAGCGGGACUCUUCUCUGACACUCUUCGGUAUAAGAAGCAUCAUUGGGAGAGCGUUAGCUAUCUUCUAUCCAGAUGGAAAACCUCUGGCUUGUGUCAAUAUCGAACUAACCGGGAAAUCCAUCACGACUGCAUACACUACUUUUGACUACCCCAUCCAAGGUCAGCUAAUCUUCAAACAAGAUGCUUCUAACCCUCUAAGCGACACCUCAAUUUACGUUGAACUCUCUCACCCAUCGGGAUCCCAGGGGAGAAAGACAUUCAACCAUCUCUGGCACGUUCAUAUCUACUCUAUCAAACCCGACCAACAUUACAGUAGUACUAGUUGCGCUGUCGCGGGGACCCACUACAAUCCUUUCAACGUCAGCAAUACUGGAAUAUAUGCAUGCCACUGCUCGGGACGAGGUCCUUCUAGGUGCGAGAUGGGGGACUCUUCUGGAAAAUUUGGGCCUCUCGAUAUCCCCGUGUACAGUUACCGACAAGAUGGGACAGUAGAAAUUGCACGUUAUUUUUUUACCGAUCCCUACCUUUCACUGUCAGGACCGAAUACCAUUGUCGGAAGAUCGGUCGUCGUACAUUUACCCGACUUUAGCACUUCAAGAAUGGCUUGUUCGAACAUUGUGGAACACCAAAAAUAGAUUUAAGUCCUUAAAGAUCUGUUCAUCUAGUGUUAUCUCUCUCUCUUAACGUUGAACUUUUAUUUUACACGGAAAACUGAGAAUGUGUGUUACUGAGGAAAAUAAGAAACCGUUGAAACCUGAUGUAUGUUACUGAGGAAGAUAAGAAACCGUUUAAACCUGAUGUAUGUUAUUCAGUUUAAUAAGAAACCACUUAGAACAAACCGUUUACAUCUGAUAAAUGUUACUCAGUUUAAUAAGAAACUUGGAACAAACCGUUAAAUUUAUUGUUUGUAACUCAGCUUAAUAAGAAACCACUUAGAACAGACCGGUUAAAUCUGAUAUAUGUACCUCUGCUUAAUAAGAAACCACUUGGAACAAACCUGUUAAAUCUGAUAUAUGUAACUCUGCUUAAUAAGAAACCACUUAGAACAAGAACAAACCGUUUAAACCUGAUAUAUGUUCCUAUUUAAUAAGAAACCACUUAGAACAAACCGUUUAAAUCUGAUAAAUGUUACUCAGUUUAAUAAGAAACCUCUUAGAACAAACCGUUUAAAUCUGAUAAAUGUCACUCAGUUUAAUAAGAAACCACUUACAACAAACCAUUUAAACUUGAUGUAUGUCACUCAGCUUAAUAAAAAACCACUUAGAACAAACCGUUUAAACCUGAUGUAUGUUCCUGUUUAAUAAGAAACCACUUAGAACAAACCGUUUAAACUUGAUGUUUGCCAUUCAUAUUAAUAAGAAACCACUUACAACAAACCGUUUAAACUUUAUGUAUGUCACUCAGCUUAAUAAGAAACCACUUAGAACAAACCGUUUAAACCUGAUGUACGUUCCUGUUUAAUAAGAAACCACUUAGAACAAACCGUUUAAACUUGAUGUAUGUAACUCUGCUUAAUACGAAACCACUUAGAACAAACCUGUUAAGUCUGAUAUAUGUAACUCAGCUUAAUAAGAAACCACUUAGAACAAACCGUUUAAACCUGAUAUAUGUAACUCUGCUUAAUAAGAAACCACUUAGAACAAACCUGUUAAGUCUGAUAUAUGUAACUCAGCUUAAUAAGAAACCACUUGGAACAAACCGUUAAAUUUAUUGUUUGUAACUCAG